UGCUCUCCCUUGAUUCUGCUGCACGAGAAGGAAUGGGCUGUGAUCGGAACUGUGGGCUCAUUGCCGGAGCUGUUAUUGGUGGUGUCCUGGCUGUGUUUGGAGGCAUUCUCAUGCCGGUUGGAGACCUGCUCAUUGAGAAGACAAUCAAAAGGGAAGUUGUCCUUGAAGAAGGAACCAUUGCUUUCAAAAACUGGGUGAAAACGGGCACCACUGUGUACAGACAGUUUUGGAUCUUUGAUGUGCAAAACCCAGAUGAAGUGGCAAAGAAUAGCAGCAAGAUCAAGGUUAAACAGAGAGGUCCUUACACAUACAGAGUUCAUUAUUUAGCCAAGGAAAAUAUAACUCAGGACCCCAAAGACAGCACUGUCUCUUUUGUACAACCCAAUGGAGCCAUCUUUGAGCCUUCACUGUCUGUUGGAACAGAGAAUGACAACUUCACAGUUCUCAAUCUGGCUGUGGCAGCUGUACCAAACUCAUUUUGUAUCUACCAAAACUCAUUUUUUCAAGGUGUGCUCAACAUCUUUAUCAAAAAGUCCAAGUCUUCUAUGUUCCAAACACGAAGUGUGAAGGAACUCUUGUGGGGUUACAAAGAUCCAUUCUUGAGUUUGAUUCCAUAUCCUAUAAGUACCACAGUUGGUAUGUUUUAUCCUUACAAUAACACUGUAGAUGGAGUUUAUAAAGUUUUCAAUGGAAAGGAUAACAUAAGCAAAGUUGCCAUAAUUGAUACCUAUAAAGGGAAAAGGAAUUUGUCCUAUUGGGAAAGUUAUUGUGACAUGAUUAAUGGCACAGAUGCAGCCUCCUUUCCACCUUUUGUUGAGAAGUCUCAAACACUGAGGUUUUUUUCCCCUGACAUUUGCAGGUCCAUCUAUGCUGUGUUUGGAUCUGAAGUGAACCUUAAAGGAAUCCCUGUGUACAGAUUUGUUCUUCCAGCCAACGCCUUUGCCUCCCCACUCCAGAACCCAGACAACCACUGUUUCUGCACUGAAAAAGUAAUCUCAAAUAACUGUACGUCUUAUGGUGUGCUGGACAUUGGCAAGUGCAAAGAAGGAAAGCCUGUGUACAUUUCUCUUCCACAUUUCCUACAUGCAAGUCCUGAUGUCUCAGAACCUAUCGAAGGCUUGAAUCCUAACGAAGAUGAACAUAGGACAUACUUGGAUGUGGAACCCAUAACUGGAUUCACUCUAGAGUUUGCAAAACGACUGCAGGUCAACAUACUGGUCAAGCCAGCUAGAAGAAUAGAACCACUGAAGAAUCUGAAGAGACCUUACAUUGUACCUAUACUGUGGCUAAAUGAGACUGGGACCAUUGGCGAUGAGAAAGCAGAAAUGUUCAGAAACCAAGUGACCGGGAAAAUAAAGCUCCUGGGCCUGGUUGAGAUGGUCUUACUUGGUGUCGGAGUAGUGAUGUUUCUUGCUUUUAUGAUUUCAUACUGUGCUUGCAGAUCUAAGAAUGGAAAAUAAGUAAGUGCUCAUCAAAGUAUGUAUCAUCUCAUCAAAGUAUGUUUUCAUCUCAUCGAGAAGGGAUUAUACAUUAAAGCACAAAUAUACAUUUCUGCACAUGUUUAGCCAGCUAUAAUGUCUUAAUAUAUCCCAACUUUUGAUGUUAUUGUUGCAAAGUAAAUUGAGAAGCAAAUGAUGAUUGAAAUCAUCAUUACCACAGAGAAAUGAGCACAAUUAUAAUUUUUGUCC